AUGUCAGCGCCAGCUAAUUUGUACCCGGGUCUGAACGACAUAUCAGACGCUCUUGAAGAGCUGCCCAUUGAGGCGGCGCGGUACCUGACCCUCUUGCGAGAAAUAGACGCGAAAUGCGUGCACACGGUUCCGGAGCUUAACGGGAACAUAGACGCAUUUUUGAAGCGGUCUGGCUCUGAAUCAGUGCUGACAGACAUGAACGCGUUGUUUCAGGACCUUAUGCCGUCACUGGAGGAGAAAAUGCACGUUUCAGCGCUAGCGUUUGAGGCCCUGGAGAGACUCACGGCGCGGCUAGAGCUUGCGUACGAAGUGGCGAUCAAAAACGAAGAGAUUCCGCCGAAAUUGCGGCUGGGUAACGACAACCAUCCGGCCAUGCACAUACAUCACGAGCUAAUGGCCAAGAUCGAAACGAAAAACGGUAUCAAGUCUUCGCAGGCGCUGAAAAGCGAGUCUCGUCGCGAAGCGAUGGCCGCUCGUCGCACUACGACACCACACGUGGGUGGAAACCAUGCCAAAGGUGCCGCUGGUGGUGCAGGGCAGGUGAAUUCUGGUACUAUCUCCGGCGUAGCGCCGCCGAUGGACAGUCGAAAACGGCGGGGCCAUGGUCAUGCGGAAGGUGCACUUCACAACGAGGCUGCGACGGAUGUCGCAGCCUCACUCGCCAGCGCAGCAGUUCUCGACACCAAGAAGAAAAAACGUAAGAGCCUACCCAAGGAGAAUUUUUCUCAAAGGCCAAAGACCAACGAAUAUGGCGAAGCUCUCUACUGCUACUGCAAUCAAGUCGCCUACGGCGAAAUGGUGGGCUGCGACGGCGAAAAUUGCGUUCUCGAAUGGUUCCAUCUGCCCUGCAUAGGGCUUGAGACAUUGCCCAAGGGUAAAUGGUACUGUGAUAACUGCCGAAAGAUGCCCUAG